AUGCUGAAACACCUGCAUUUUGGAGCUGCCUUACCCAGGAAAACAAAAAAGAGACCAUGUUUGUAUGCAGCUUUAUUAACUCAAUGAUAUAUAUUUUUGGGCUAAAAAUGUGGGACUCAAAACAGGUGCACCUGCCCUGAAUGACUGUGGUACUUAUGGACCUGAGAGAGACCACCACAUUUGUUGUGCAAAAGCUGAGCUGCGAUUUUGAGACAAUGUAGCUUGCAGUGUGUGGCUGGUUGUUUGCUGCGAAGUUCCCCGUCCUUAAAAUGAAAUUAAUCUCUAAUUAGUAGGCAGGACUCCCCCUCCAGGUUUCGUUUCUGGUAACUCAGCUGACGCUCCAGAGGCUUGUACUACUUUGCUUGCUGCCACUGCUCCAUCACAACUUUCUGGGACACAACCUACUGGCAGUUUGUUGCAAGUUCGAGGAGUCAACCUACUCGCAUUUUCAUUUACAAUGAAAAUGUAUGGCAUAGACAGGGACCGACAUUUCAUACAUCUUCAUUGUCUGUGGAUUGUCGGCUAUGUUGCCUCCUCCCCCCUGCAUUCCAUUCCUGUCUCCAUCUCUUGCAAUGUGGGAAGCCAAGCCAUCCUUCCCUGCAAGUGGAAGUCCCAGCUAGACAAAAUCCCAGUUUGCCAUGUCCAGUGGCAGACACCUGAUGAGACAGUGUUUGAACAGAUGGGGGCGCAACGGUGGCAGGCAACCGAGUUUGAGGGGCGGGUGGAGGUACCUGAGGAAAAGCUGUGGCAGGGAGACUGCUCUCUGAUCUUGCAUGACGUGCAGUUUGGGGAUGUGGGGCUUUACGAGAGCUUCAUGGUGGUUGACAGGGCACGUAAUAAGAGACGGGUGUUCAUCCAGAGUGUCCAGCUCUCAGUCCAUGACCACACGUCCGAGGAGUCCUUGAGGGAGGGUGAAACCCUGGACCUGAAGCUCCACACUCCCCAGGCCAAGAAAGUGGUCUUCCAGGGGAGGAACAGCACAGAGAUGACGGUCCUGUGGAUGAGGGGUGAAGAGGAGGUCAACAGUGGUCGUCUUAAGGAGGUCAAAGGGUUUGUGGUCCUCAAAGGGUUGAAGAUAGACGACUGUGGGACAUAUACCGUGUUGGAUUCCCACGGGCUGCCGGUUAGCACGGUUCAUCUUACAGUGGAAGCAUAUCAGGUUGAUGAAACUCAAAAAUUCCAUGAGAUCCAGGGCAAACAAGCACCUAUCGGUAAAUCAACAUAUAACAGGUCCUCCUCUCUGCUUAUGUUAUUUGUCCUGCUGUUCAGUCCCCUGAUUCAACAUCUCCUCUAACAACAAUCUGUCAUGUAAGCCAGGUUUAAACCUAUUUGUCUGGUUUCCCAGACUGUCUGAAAUAUUUUUUACACCCAAAGCCAAAUCACAAAUCAGAGUGCUAGGGUGCUUUCCCAUGUGAAAACAGUGAAAUUGGAAAAUUCUAUAAAAGAGAAAUAUAUAAAAAUGCAAAAAAUAUGUUGGUUGUUGUGUGGCCAAUGUUCCCAGGGAAUCUAAUAUCUAAUACAAUUAUAAAAAAUAAAGAUUGAGCCAGUUUCCAGGAUCAGAUUAACCCUAUUCCCAAUGGACUAAAUAGUGAGCUCAAUAGAGAAUAUCCAUUGAAACUGCUUUCUAGGCCAGGACUAGAAUGAAUCUGUGUCAAGAAAAUAAAAUCCCAUUAUUCAGUAUGAUAUCUGUUACUGUCAGUAGUGUAGUGUAGGUCUAUAGCUUACUGGCCAUAUAUUAUACAGAGUUUGGGUCAUUCCAAUUCUGUAAUAAAUUAGACUGUCCUGUCAAUUGUCAGUCUCUAUAUUUAAAUACUCAUUUUAUUUCUGGAAGUUAAGUAGACUUAGUUUUGUUUGUUCAAUUUACAUCAUUAAUUGCAGACCUGCCAACCCUGUCCAGCUUUUUAGAGUACCAGACGCGAACGGCAAAUUGGAGAUUCAAGGGUUUUCUUUCCCCCUGCACGCUCGUGCGCGCACCGUUUGUGUGUCUGAUCGCAAUAAUAGAAUUGUACCAAAUCAAGUCUUUAUUAGGCUGGAAUACUUUCUUGACAGCAUUCCAUUUACACAUAUGGUAAAAGUCACUAACAAGAUCUAAUUAGAAAGAACGCACAAAGGGCCUUUAUUCUUAGAGUUUUUUUUAUUUUUACAUUCUAUAAAACAAAUAAGUUGUUUAUUUAGGGAGAAAAUGUACAAACGUCUUAUCCAUGAUUAAACUCGAAUGAUAAGAACAAAUGUUUGAAGCAGAGCAUCAGUCUCAAACAUGUUAACCAUAAUAAAAACGACAAAGCUAUGAUAGGAAACAGUGGAUGAGAACAAAUCUUCUGGAGAUUAAGAUAAUUUCCGUAGACAGAUUUGCCUGGUAGCUAGCAGAUUUAGCCUUGCGCAUCAGGGUAGACUUCUCGUGGCAAACAGUUCCUCUGGCAGUCACUGAAACCUUCUUGGCAACGAGGGCAGUCAGAAUAUCUGUACCGAAAUAGCACUUCAUUACAAUAUCUACCUCGAAUAAUGAUGUAUUCAUCUCCAUGCCCGUUGGCACAAACGCCGUACAUGUCUGUGUUGCAGCUCGACAAUCGGGAUGUUAGAUUUACUCAGAGGAUGUAUGUAAAAAAUAAACCAGGCCCUAUUCAUUUCUGCCUACUUUUAUCUCUGAUCUCGUCCGCGCGUACAUGGACAGAAAAUUGCGUAGUUGGUACGCAAAAUGCGGGCAUGUUUGCAAGUCUGUUAUUGAUAUGAAAACCUGAACUCAUGUUUAGUUUGGAAGUUCAGAGAUUGAUUAUUACGCACUACUCAUAAUAGUAAAAUAUUAUAAAAUUGAAUGAAAAUGUGAUUGUUGUUAAAUUUUAUUAUAAGCAAUGUAGUCUUUAAUGUAUAAUAAAUAAACCACUGAAUGAUUUA